AAACAGAUGCAGGCCUUGUAUAGAAUUGGGAAGGGUGAACCACCAACUGUUCCUGACUCUUUGUCAAAAGAUGCACGAGAUUUUAUCCUGCAAUGCCUACAAGUCAAUCCAAAUAAUCGCCCAACAGCUGCUCAGCUCUUAGACCAUUCAUUUGUGAGGAGGUCACUUUCUACGUCCUUAGGCUCAGCUUCUCCUUAUCGUGGCAGACGGAAUUGAGAGUUUCUUUCUGUAAAAAAAUUGGCUGGAAAAGUAACAGGUAAAACCUACAAGUCAUUCCUAUAUUUUGUGUUCCAGAAUUUCAUGUUGCCCCUCAAUCCAUCCUUGGAAACGAAUAGUGAAAGAUGCAGAUAUAAACAAUGCUGUUGUUUGCAAGUGACAUUUAUUUGAGGGAUCUCUCAUUUUCUUGGCAAUUAGAUAGGAGAUACUUAGGAUGCCUGAAAGCACAUCUGAAUAUGGUGGAUGAUAUGGUAUCUAAUGUGCAUGUGUUGACACAUGGAGUGAAUUGACCCCCUUAAGAUUUAGUAUGGAGCCUUGUUUUACAAGAUCUCAUUUCAUGUUAUUUCUUAUUGGUGCAAAUGCAUUUGUGGUUGUAAUGAGCUAUGUGUUUGAUGAAGAAAGGAAGAUAAAACUGUCUUGUUGCAUUGUCUAGAUAGACUUUUCUUCUUCAGCUUCAACUUUCAAGAGCCCACGCAUUGGUAUUUGAUUAAAUGUACCUUAAGGCCGCUAAGGACAGGAUGAGUAUGCAUAUGUUGGUGCAGAAUUCUGCACCAGAAUGCUAAAUGCUCUCAAUUUGGUUGUUUUUACAUAAUGCCAGCUUGCUAGUGUUACACUUUCUUUUAUUUUAUUUUAUUAUUAUUAUUUUUUUUGGGUACAUCCGAGAAGAAAAGAACUAGAAUUAGAAACAAGAACUGAAGUAUAGGGUAGUACACCCCUUCCACAUCCCAAAUGGUUGUGGCCCCAGGAGCUCCAUGUCCCAACUAGCUUUCGCUUUCUGUAAUGUUAUUUGUUUUCCUCAUGUAGAUUUUUAAUGGGUGAAAUAUUGCAGGGCAAUGUCUGGUGAAAUUUGUUGCAACAAAAUCAGGUACCACGCUUUAUUUGUGUAUAUAUUUAUAUAUAUUUCUCAUUAUCGAAGCUGAAGUAUUAGUGGUAUUGUGGUGUUUAUUUAUUCAGCAUGGAUGUUCUCCUUUACUUUUGGUUUGGGAUGGAACGAGGUAGGGAUCCAGGUGUUAUGGGGAUUGGGGAACAGAGAUUUUAAUUAUUUAUUUACAUGAUGAACCCAAUUUUAUCCUAUUUUAUUCCUUUCAUAAAUAACGUUUUGUAUAUUAUUAUUAUUAUUUGUUAAAAAAUAUUUUAAAUUUUA